AUGAUAACUCACAAUUAGCCUAUGUAUGCGAUUCUCAUUACUUCAUUCGGGACACUUUCAAGGCUGUAUACUGUCUCUGAUUUAGUCGAGCGUGGAUGUGAAUUAAGGUAGCAGACGCUAGACACAGACAUGUCUACAACACUCGACAAUUCUUCUUCUUCAGAAGACACACCCAAUGACUCGAAUCAUGACGAUAGCAUUGAAUAUUUGAGGAUCUCAGACUAUGAACCAAUCUCGUCAGAAAAUCCAACCCAAGACAACAGUGUGGAUUUACAUAAUCACAAUAAUGCAGAUGGGUUUCAACCAGUUGAUUCAGUGGUUCAGAAUGCAGAUAAUGGCACUACAAUAUCAUACAAUGGCAUUGAGAUCCAUGUAUUUGGCAAUGCAAAUGGUUUUAUAGAAGCGGGCCUCCAAAUAAGCAAUGGGUCUCACUCCAAUCAUAAUACAGUAGAUACAGAAGAGGAGGAGGAAGAAGACAGAUUGAGAGAAGAAGCACAGAAGGCAAUAAGAGAAGCCAACAGGGCAGAUGCAGAAAGGAGAAAUGCCCCUUUACCCCCGCAAACGAGCUCCGCUAUUAUGAAUGCCAUGAGGGGUAUUUCAUUGCAAGGUUUUAGGCCUGAUUGGGUUGACACUGUUCCUGAACAUCAGUGGAUCGAUCAGCUCAGAAGAAGAUCCAGAGAGGCUCCUCCUCAAACCUAGGCAGAACUAUUAUCAGAGUAUUUUAUGUGCGAUAUUUUUAUUUUUCCUUUUUCGAUCAAUUGGCUAUUUUCUCAAAAUUUCCAAAAAGUAGAUUCGUGAGUCAACAAAUUUUACAAUAAUAUAUAUAUGUGGUGAUAGCAAUUCCCAAUUUUUAUGUUGGAAUUAUUCAAUGUGUAGAAGAUUUCCCUGCUUUUCGCACCUAUCUAAUUAAAAUAUUUGCCCAUUAUUCUUUA